AUGGUUUCUUUUUCAUCAUUAACAGAUGAUAUAUUGCUCGAAAUCUUUAGUUAUCUUCCUCUGAAUUCAGUCUACAAGUUUAAAUGUUUAUCAAAGGUAUGGUUAUCCAACCUCUCAAACCCUAAUUUCACAAUCAAAUGGUUCCAAGUGAAUUACAAGUCUCUCCCAUGGAUACACUAUGAUACAGUUAACUGUGACAAUCUCUUUGCUGAUAAAAGCCCUUUGAGAUUUAGAAAGGCAUAUCCUGAAUUACAUUCAGAGUUUAUGUCUAGAAACAUGUUUGCUUUUAAGUUUUUUAUAACUGAAAAACCAUUCGUGGAAGCUAUAUUAUUUGUUUUAGGUUCUAGUAAUGGCUUAGCACUCUGUCUUUCAAUUCCUAGAAAUAGUACUGAGGGGAGGAGGUAUCAUGUUUGUAAUCCACUUACUCAGACAUGGGUGUCACUUCCUGAACCACCUCGACGUGGAUACCCGGCUAGUUAUCUUGAUUUAAGUGGUAUAUUCUGUGAGCAGUCAUCGUCAUCCUUUGCCAGUUCUUAUAAGGUUGUACGUAUCCCGCUAACCGAUAGGCCUUCGGAGAAAUUUAGUGUUGAUAUUUUCUCUUCUGAUUUAGGUGUAUGGGAAAGUUUUCAAGUUUUGUGUGACGAAAUCGUUGCGUUAAACAGUUCUAAGUAUCAUAAUGCUAUCAUCCUUAAUGGUGUUAUGUUUUGGAUUGAAGGGGGAGAUAAAAUGUUAGUUUACAAUCUCAAUCAGGAAUAUAAUAGUGAUGGACAUCAAUGUAGUUUGAUUAAUUUGCCAGAUGAGGAUAAUGAGUAUGACUCUGACAUGAUUCUUGGCGAGUCGGAAGGCAGGGUCUGUUAUGCUAGAAUUAGAAUUAUACAAAGGGAAGCGACUGUUAGUGUUUGGAUGCUCGAUGAGGUCAAUUGGGUAGUAUUGCACAAUGAUAUUUCAAUUGAUGGCAUCUUCGCGGAUAUGCAAUUUGAGACAGAUCAAGUUGUAAGAAGGGGAAUCAAAAUUCUAGGUUUCAGUCCGGUAGAUCAUAAUGUUGUUUUGAUCUGUUGCAAGGACAGGGUAUGGGGGUUCAAUAUCCAAACCAAAAGCUUUGAAGAGCUUUGCUUGGAUAACAAACAUAGAUAUGAUGAAGGUAGUAGGAUGAUUCGACCGGUUGUGCUAACGCCAAUGCCAACAGUACUUCCACCUCCCUCUUGGAUAGAAAAGGAAAUAAUUCUGACAGAACCGGAAGCGCCCCUUAUUUCAAAGAUAGGAGGAUGGGAGAAAAUCAAAAUCACAAAUGCGAAAAGAAUGAAGACGGUAUAA